AUGCCGCGCAGCCUAAAGCCGGGCAUCCAGCAGCAGCAGCAGCAGCAGCAGCAGCAGCAGCAGCAGCCAUUCCGGACCACAACACUGUUCUACCGUGAACAGCAGCAGAACAAGUCUCCGACGUCGAGCAGCGGCAGCAUCCCGAAACCGGCAGCAGAGGCGGACAAGACCCCCAAGCCUGCGACGACGACAUCCGUGGCGGCGACGGCAGCCUCGACCACAUCAAAGGAUAAGACGACGACGGAGCAGCGCAAGGCCGACUGGGCCAUCAUGAAGGAGAUGUCGCGGUACCUGUGGCCCAAGGACGACCUAGGGACCAAGUUCCGGGUGGGACUGGCGGUGUCGCUCCUGGUGGGCGGCAAGCUGCUCAACAUCCAGGUGCCCUUCUACUUCAAGAGCAUCGUCGACUCGAUGAACAUUGACGUGGCGGUCAUGGGCGGGGCGAUACCGGCGGUGGCGGGCAGCAUGAUCCUGGCGUACGGCGCGGCACGGAUAGGCGCGACGGUGUUCCAGGAGCUGCGCAACGCCGUGUUCGCGUCGGUGGCGCAGGACGCGAUCCGGCGGGUGGCGCGCAACGUGUUCGAGCACCUGCUCCGGCUGGACCUCAACUUCCACCUGUCGAAACAGACGGGCGGGCUGACGCGGGCGCUGGACCGUGGGACAAAGGGCAUCAGCUUCCUCCUGACCAGCAUGGUGUUCCACAUACUCCCGACGGCGCUCGAGAUCAGCCUGGUGUGCGGGAUCCUGACGUACCAGUACGGGGCGCAGUUUGCGGCUGUGACGGCGCUCACCAUGGUGGGGUACACGGCCUUCACCAUCUGGACGACGGCAUGGCGCACCCGGUUCCGGCGGCAGGCCAACGCGGCCGACAACAAGGCGUCGACGGUGUCGGUCGACUCGCUCAUCAACUACGAGGCCGUCAAGUACUUCAACAACGAGAAGUUCGAGGUGAGGCGGUACGACGAGGCGCUGCAGUCGUACGAGAAGAGCUCCAUCAAGGUGGCGACGUCGCUGGCCAUGCUCAACAGCGGCCAGAACCUCAUCUUCUCGUCGGCCCUGACGGGCAUCAUGUACCUGGCGGCCAACGGCGUGGCGGCUGGCACGCUGACGGUGGGCGACCUGGUCAUGGUCAAUCAGCUCGUCUUCCAGCUGUCGGUGCCGCUCAACUUCCUGGGGUCCGUGUACCGCGAGCUGCGCCAGUCGCUCCUCGACAUGGAGACGCUCUUCAACCUGCAAAAGGUCAACGUCAGCAUCACCGACAAACCUGACGCGAAGCCGCUGGUCCUGGCCCGCGGCGGCGGCGAGAUCCGCUUCGAAAAUGUCAACUUUGGCUACCACCCGGGCCGGUCCAUCCUCAAUAACCUGAGCCUGACCAUCCCGGCGGGCAAGAAGGUGGCCGUGGUGGGACCGAGCGGGUGCGGCAAGUCGACGCUGCUCCGCCUCCUGUUCCGCUCCUACGACGUGCAGUCCGGCCGCAUCACCAUCGACGGCCAGGACAUCCGCGACGUCCAGGUCGAGACGCUCCGCCGCGCCAUUGGCGUCGUGCCUCAGGACACGCCCCUCUUCAACGACACCAUAGAGCACAACAUCCGCUACGGCCGCAUCGACGCCUCGCGCGAAGACGUCGUCGCCGCCGCCCAGCGCGCCCGCAUCCACGACAGCAUCUCCCGCUUCCCCGACGGCUACGACACAAAGGUUGGCGAGCGCGGCAUGAUGAUCUCAGGCGGGGAGAAGCAGCGUCUCGCCGUCAGCCGCGUCCUCCUCAAGGACCCCCAGCUCCUCUUCUUCGACGAGGCCACCUCCGCCCUCGACACACACACCGAGCAGGCCAUCAUGGUCAACAUCAACAGCAUCCUCCGCGAGAAGGGCCGCACCAGCGUCUUCGUCGCCCACAGGCUGCGCACCAUCUUCGACGCAGACCUCAUCAUCGUCCUCAAGGACGGCACCGUUGCCGAGUCCGGGACGCAUAGGGAGCUGAUUGACCGGAAUGGUGUUUAUGCCGAGCUAUGGAGUGUUCAAGAGACGCUGUUCAACCAAGAUGGAGCGGAAAAUAAAGAAGAGGCGAGAUAG